AUGGCGCAAGGGCGCCCCGGAGGCGCGGCGAGCGGGGAGGCGAUGCGGUCGGUCACACCGUCCCCUCCGCUCGAGCAGCCCCCGAACGUGGGAGCGGGUUCGGGACACAGCGUGCCCUUCCCUGAGCACAGCGCACCGAAGCCACCAGACAGGUUCCACGCGGCGUACCUCGGGUUCUUCCUCAUGGGCGUGGGCCUCCUGCUGCCGUUCAACGCCUUCAUCACCGCCGUGGACUACUUUGGCGAGCUCUACCCGGGGCACCACAUCGAGCGGCUCUUCACCGUGCUCUACCUCCUCCCGAACGUGCUCUCCGUCGCCGUCACCGCGCGCGUGUCGCGCCCCUCCUCCUCGACCCCGCGCAUCCUAGCCGGGUUCACUGGCUUCCUGGUGUCGGUGCUCAUGGUGCCCGUGCUCGACGCGGCUGGGAUCGGGGACGCCGAGCAGGGAACGCGCGGCACGCUGCUGCUCACGCUCGCGGGCGUGCUCGCCACGGGCGUCUGCGACGGCAUCGGACAGGGCAGCCUGUUUGGUGCGGCGGGGUCGCUCACGCCGCGGUUCGUGCAGGCGACCGUCGCGGGGACCGGCGCCGCGGGGUUCCUCGUGUGCCUCCUCCGCAUCGCGACCAAGGCCGCGAUGCCCGCCGACGUCGAGGGCCUGCGGCGGAGCGCGACCGUGUACUUUGCCGUCGCCGCCGCCGUCGAGGCGGCCUGCCUGGUGAUUUACGCGUGCCUGCUGCCGCAGCUCCCGCUGGUCAAGUACUACCGCGCGCGCCGGCGGCUGGCGUACGCGAUCCGCCACGGGCAGGUCGUCCCGCCGCGGGAGGAGAAGGCGGGAGCGCUGAGCGCCGCGGACCGCCCGGGGAUCACCGCGGAGCAGGUGGCGCCGCGGCACGAGCACGGCGCCUCGCAGGGGGCGCCCGCGCAGCCCAUCGCGAUCGCGGCGCCGCGCAGGCAGCGGCAGGGGACGAUCGCGGGGUCGAUCGUGGACAUCACCGGCGCGUCGCCGCACGGGGUGGGGGACCGCAUCGCGUCCAUGAUGCGGCCGCAGGAUGACUCGGACCUGUCGGACCCGCUGAUCGACGAGGAGGAGGGCGACGUGGGGAGGGACGUGCAGAUGCUGGACCGGCGGCGCGCGUCGGUGGACGACGGGGCGUGGGAGGACCCGUGGAUGUCGGGGCGGGGGGCGCGGUCGGGGCACGGGCCGGACGGAUCGCUGCACGAGGCGCGGGCGGAGGAGGAGCGACCGGUGCUGGCCGGGCAGGGGGCGGCCGUGCGCAGCAACGGGGAGCGCGCACGCGUGCAUGUGCCCGGGGACACGUGGCAGCGGUGGGUGCUCGAGUGCGUGGUGUCGGUGGAGCAGCGCAAGGCGCUGCGGCAGCGAUGGAGACAUGCGAUCGCGGUGCUGCUGGUGUACUGGGUGACGCUCUCGAUAUUCCCUGGCUUCUUGGCCGAGGACUUGGAACCAGGCUCGCUGGGGAGCUGGCUGCCGGUGGUGCUCAUCACGGUGUUCAACGCGGCGGACCUCGUGGGGAAGAUGAUGCCCAACUUCGUGGGCGUGUGGCCCAAGGAGCCCUCGCUCCUGCUGCAGGCCUCGGUCGUCCGCGUCCUCUUCGUGCCCGUGUUCUACCUGGCCGGCCUGUUCCGCUCCGGGCCGCUGGAGCUCUGCGCGCUCACCGCGCUGCUAGGGGUCACCAAUGGGCACAUCUCGGCCGUGGCCAUGAUGCUCGCGCCCAAGGGCCUGCGUCCGGACAAGGCGGAGACCGUGGGGACCACGAUCGUGAUCUUCCUCCUCUCCGGCCUCUGCCUCGGGGCCUUCUCCGGCUGGCUCUGGCUCCUGUGA